GGGAGCACCUCGCAGGUCCGACGGGCGGGGAGGUCAGGGGCGCGGCCCCGGGACCCCGCCCAGCCGAGGACUCUCGGGAGCGCGGGCCGCGGGCGCACUGCACGGACUCACCGACAGCCGGGAGCGCAGCGGUCCUUUGCAGGCGCCGCGGGUCCGGAGAGCGGUCUCAGCUGCUGCGGCAGAGUCGUGUUUCCAGGGGACUGAGGAAAACCCGUCAGGAACCGAAAAUGCCGAAACCAAUCAAUGUCCGAGUUACCACCAUGGAUGCGGAGCUGGAGUUCGCCAUCCAGCCAAAUACAACAGGAAAACAGCUUUUUGAUCAGGUGGUUAAGACCAUCGGCCUUCGGGAAGUGUGGUACUUUGGCCUCCAGUAUGUGGAUAAUAAAGGAUUUCCUACCUGGUUGAAACUUGAUAAAAAGGUGUCGGCACAGGAGGUCAGAAAGGAGAACCCUCUUCAGUUCAAGUUCCGGGCCAAGUUCUACCCCGAAGAUGUGUCUGAGGAGCUCAUCCAGGACAUCACGCAAAAGCUUUUCUUCCUCCAAGUGAAGGAGGGAAUUCUCAGCGAUGAAAUUUACUGCCCUCCUGAGACAGCGGUGCUCCUGGGCUCCUAUGCGGUGCAGGCCAAGUUUGGAGACUAUAACAAAGAAACGCACAAGUCAGGGUACCUCAGCUCUGAGCGGCUGAUCCCCCAAAGAGUCAUGGACCAGCACAAGCUCACCAGGGACCAGUGGGAGGACCGGAUCCAGGUGUGGCACGCCGAGCACCGCGGGAUGCUCAAGGACAGUGCCAUGUUGGAGUAUCUGAAGAUUGCUCAGGACCUGGAAAUGUAUGGAAUCAACUAUUUUGAGAUAAAAAAUAAGAAAGGAACAGACCUUUGGCUUGGAGUGGAUGCCCUCGGACUGAAUAUUUAUGAGAAAGACGAUAAGUUGACCCCAAAGAUUGGCUUUCCAUGGAGUGAAAUCAGGAACAUCUCUUUCAAUGACAAAAAGUUCGUCAUUAAGCCCAUCGACAAGAAGGCGCCUGACUUCGUGUUCUAUGCCCCCCGCCUGCGCAUUAACAAGCGGAUCCUGCAGCUCUGCAUGGGGAAUCAUGAGCUGUAUAUGCGCCGCAGGAAGCCCGACACCAUUGAGGUGCAGCAGAUGAAGGCCCAGGCCCGGGAGGAGAAGCACCAGAAGCAGCUGGAGCGGCAGCAGCUAGAGACCGAGAAGAAGAGGAGAGAGACCGUGGAGAGAGAGAAGGAGCAGAUGAUGCGGGAGAAGGAGGAGCUGAUGCUCAGGCUGCAGGACUACGAGCAGAAAACCAAGAAGGCAGAGAAAGAACUCUCAGACCAGAUUCAGAGAGCCCUGCAGCUGGAGGAGGAGAGGCAGCGUGCCCAGGAGGCAGCUGAGCGCCUGGAGGCAGACCGCAUGGCCGCUGUGCGGGCCAAGGAGGAGCUGCAGAAGCAGGCCGCAGAUCAGAUGAAGAGCCAGGAGCAGCUGGCCGCAGAGCUAGCCGAGUACACAGCCAAGAUCGCCCUCUUGGAGGAGGCCCGGCGGCGCAAGGAGGACGAGGUCGAGGAGUGGCAGCACAGGGCUAAAGAAGCCCAAGAUGACCUGGUGAAGACCAAGGAGGAGCUGCACCUAGUGAUGACAGCCCCCCCGCCCCCACCGCCCCCCGUGUAUGAGCCGGUGAGCUACCACGUGCAGGACAACCUGCAGGACGAGGGCACGGAGUACACGGGUUAUAGCGCCGAGCUCUCCAGCGAGGGCAUCCUGGAUGACCGCAAUGAGGAGAAGCGCAUCACCGAGGCCGAGAAGAACGAGCGGGUGCAGCGGCAGCUGAUGACCCUGACCAGUGAGCUGUCCCAGGCCAGAGAUGAGAACAAAAGGACCCACAACGACAUCAUCCACAACGAGAACAUGCGGCAAGGCCGGGACAAGUACAAGACGCUGCGGCAGAUCCGGCAGGGCAACACCAAGCAGCGGAUCGACGAGUUCGAGGCCAUGUGAGGCCUGGCCAGGACUGGGGCCCGGGGCGGGCGGGGGUCGCGGUCCAUCUCUGAAGCUGGUGUUUGUAGUUCUUUGAAUCUAGGACCCCCACCUCCCCCCCACCCCCCGUCAUAUUCCAGUUCCUUUAAAAAGAGAGUAGUUAUUGCAGUGGGACUAUUCUGGGGCUGGGGUCACUGGAAGCUUCCCUAGUUUAUUUUUCCCAAUUGUAUCAUAGUGCCAAACAGGCCUGAUUUUUUUUAUUGCUGUUAUUGAAUCGCUUCCUGUUUGUGCUUGCAGCAGGACUGACUGAAUUAGGAACGAUGCCUGUAAGUCUGAGUAACAAACUUGAUGCUGGUACGUGAGACACGAGGGUCAGCGUCAGUAAAACCACAUCGUGGCUUCUAGUCCGUGCCAUACUUUCUUCUGCAUUUGAAAUUAGCUCAGAUUUUGAUUUCCAUGAAGGAUCCAUCUUUGUGUAUUUAUGUUUUGAGAGGUGAAAAUUCUUUUGAAGACAGUCUAAAGCACUCACACACACAUGCACACAGUGAUUUUUCUUCUCUGCUCCUUCAGUUCAGGAUCAAUAGUGCAGGGAGGACACUCCGGCCUUGGAUAAACUUCUGUUGGUUUUGGGGGGUUUUCUUUUUUUUGCUUAACAGAGGGCCACAUUGUUGGACUCACACCUAAUUAAUGAUCAGCUGUAGAGAAGAGUAUUUAUAUAUAAGUGACAAUAUGGGUUUGUAACAUUAGUUUAAAAAAGGGAAAGUUUCAUUCUGUAUAUUUUGUUACCUUUUACAGAAUAAAAGAAUUACGUAUUAAAAACCCUGUUACCAUGGCACUUGAUCUGACGUGAGGGCAGUAAGGAGGUGGCUUAACCGCUGUAAUCACAUCUGUAAAAAUGACUUUUUUUUUUUUUUACUUUGAGUGCCCUUGUGCCUGUCUUGUGCCUGUAACUGCGCAUUUCAGUUUUCUCUCCGAGCUUCCUUGAAAAAGACACAUGCUGUUUGGCUCAUCCAGACUCCCGCUAUAGAGGGACUCUUCCCACCUGGUAUUGUCUGUUUCCACAAGAAGAACCUGCUCUGACCUCGCCAGUUCUCUCCCGCGUCCUUGAAAAUCUGUCGAAAUGUCAGCUCUCACACUCCACCGGCUCGUCGUCCUGCUCGGGUGGGAGCCGUGUGCAGGUGAGCCCUGCGCCCCAGACCUGAGAAAUAAAAGCUGUGCAAGAUGA